UGAUUUCUUUCCCCUUUUGUUUCUGUCCUUAAUACAGCUUAAAUGUGUCGUGGAUCUGCAUUUCUUCUUUCUUUACCUAUUGAGGAGGGGGGUGCUGACUUCGUAGAAUUUCAUCCCUCUGUUGUGUUUGUAUGCAUUCUGGGCUUUUUUCCUUCUUCCUUUUCGAUAUCUCAUUCUCAUAUCAUGUCGUGGAUGUCCAAAUUGUGUCAUGAUCUGCCGGUAGGAUUUUUAACAGGGAAUCACUGGCUACUUUUCUGGAGUUGGAUUCUUGGAGUAGUUUAAGUUAUACCACCAGAGAGGAAUGGAUUGUGCAUUCACAUUCAUAGCAUAGUGAUUUGGCCAUGCUCCAAAGAACACCGUUUUGAAAGUUUUGUUUUGAGUUCUUGAGUACAUGGUAGGACUCUUUGCCGUUGGCAUGAAUGACGAAUUUAUGUAUAAAUCUAAUGUUCCCCUUUCUUCACUUGACCAAUAAAUUGGGAUUCAUGAAAUGUGCUUUGACAGCUAUUUUAUUGGAAACACUAACUGGGAAACUUGCACAUACGAUUAAGAAGCUACUGACAACAAUUGAUUUUAAGUUUGUGAUGCUACAAUUUUAAAUUAUAUGACUAAUAUUUACAAAUCUCUUGAAAACUGUAUCAUUUAUGGGCUCACUGUUUAAUUAUAUGUUCUGAUGACUUAUUUCGGAAGCUCUCUAUUGUUCCUUUUUCAUUGUGGUUGUGCUUCUGUCAUGGGAAUGAUUAAUUUUUUAGUCUCUUGUUUUACCAUGAACUAAAGCAUCACCUUUGAAAGAUUGGUAGACAGAGACAGGACAGUCAUCCAAUUAGGUAGCAAAAAUCAUCAGAGCCAGGUGUCUCAUCUGGGAAUGUAGCUUAGCUUUAUUAUUGGAAAAGGGAGUUACAAGCUUAUGUUGAAACUCAGAGGAUUUGUAUGUUGAAGAGCAUCAGGCUUCUAGUCCAAUGCAAGUGAAGUAUGCUGAUGGUGAGCCGGAAAGGCUAGAGCACAAGCUUUUCAUUGGAAUGCUUCCAAAGAACAUAUCUGAUACUGAAGUUGCAGUGUUAUUUUCAAAAUAUGGUACUAUUAGGGACUUACUGAUCUUGAGAGGUUCUCAACAAAUAAGUAAAGCAGGCUGUGCAUUUUUGAAAUAUGAAACAAAAGAACAGGCUUUGACAGCCCUUGAAGCCUUAAAUGGGAAACAUAGGAUGGAGGGUUCAAGUGUGCCUCUGGUUGUUAAGUGGGCUGACACAGAAAAGGAAAGGCAAGCUCGAAGGGCACAAAAAGCUCAAUCUCAGGCAUCUAAUGUUUCUAAUCCCAGUUCAAUGCAGCAGCCAUCAAUAUUUGGAGCAUUACCAAUGGGGUAUAUGUCUCCAUAUAAUGGAUAUGGGUAUCAGCCACCUGGAACUUAUGGACUUAUGCAGUAUCCUCUAGCUUCAAUGCGAAAUCAAGCUGCAUUUCAUAAUAUGAUCCCAUCAGUUAAUCAAGGUAAUGCAGUGCGUGGGAUCAGUUCAGAUGUUUCUCCAUGCACAGGACCUAGAAAUUUAAAUACAACGCAACCCGGUGGCUUCAUAGGUUCACCAUAUCCCAUAUUGUCAGGUCUUCAAUAUCCAUUGGCAUAUCCAGCGGAUAGUGGGCAUUUGGGUGAUUCUAAUGGUUCAGGCCAUCCUGUUAAUAUUAAAACCAACCCAGCAAAAUCUUCAAGCCCUACCACAAAUUCUGGAACUCAGAUAGAAGGCCCUCCUGGAGCUAAUUUAUUUAUAUAUCAUAUUCCACAAGAAUAUGGCGAUCAAGAGCUCUCAAAUGCCUUUCAGGGAUUUGGCAGGGUUUUAAGUGCUAAAGUGUUUAUAGACAAAGCAACUGGUGUUAGUAAAUGCUUUGGUUUCAUCAGUUAUGACACGCCUGCAGCUGCCCAGGCUGCCAUCAAUGUGAUGAAUGGCUUCCAAUUAGGUGGUAAGAAGUUGAAGGUACAACUUAAGAAAGAAAACAAAGUAAACCACAUAAAUGGUGAAAUUCGUUUAUGAGGAAGUAACAUUUCCUACAUCAUGUAAUCUCUGGCAUAUACCAAAGCUGUGGCCUUUGUUGUCUGUAAUACAAAUACAAGAUGAAUGCAAGAUAAUUGAUUAUUCUAAUUUGCUCA